AUGAAUACAGCUAAGUUGAUUGCCAGCAAGCGUUUGUCCGUUCUGCUAAAAGAUGAAAUAUUUACAGACUUCUUCAACACAUUCCUGAAUCUUCCUGUGUUCGGCCAGACCCCUCUUUUCAUUAGCAGAACGCGUCAGUGGUACCUGUGGCCAGAAUUACCAUGCAACCAGGUAUCAAAGCACAAAGGCUUGUUGAAUUGGAUGGAGAAGCAUCGGCUGCCUUUCUUUUGCAAAACAAACCUGUUUCUUCACUACGUUCUCUGUGAGGAGCUUGUCAGUUUCAUUCGCUCUCCAGAGGCAGCGGAGAUGUUGCGAUGGAAAAAGGCUGAUCAGUGGCUGCUUGAGAAAUGCAUUGCUGGCAGUAGAGGCAUGUGGCGUUUUCGGUCCUUCAUGCAAGGAAUGGCAGGAGAAGAGCUCACCAAAUUCUGGCUUGCUGCAGAAAGGAUACUAGGGAUUGAUGAAACAGAUGAAUCCCAGCAAGAUCUCUACGUGUCCCUGAUCCAGAUCCUAAUGGCCACCCACUUGCAGGAAGGGUCUACAGUUGUCACCCUCUGUAACACAACUGUUGAAUCCCUUCUGAAAAAGAUUCCCUUUCACGGGCAACACGUCCGCACUCGAAGGGAAAUCCUACACAAGAUGCAGAAAGUAGCCCUGUUCAAGAUUGAAAGCUACUGGCUCCCCAACUUCUUCAACCAUUGCAAAUUAAACAUGGAGGAGGAGCCCAAAUGUCUCCAUCUACUCAAGCAGUAUCAGGACCGCUCGCUCCACCUUAGCCUGAAGAGGCAGAAGUUAUUACCUCUGGCUCCGAUGAGCAUCCGAGGAAGCAGCUUGGACACAAAAUCCUACUUCAGUUUGAAAAACAAAAGGGAGCUUUGGGAUCAGAUGAGAGGCAGGAGCGUUUCUUACAAAGGGAAAAAGAAAGAUGGCCGCAGCCAGAAGCUCAAAUUUCAUAAAGGUAGUCCCAAGAAGCUGACCUUCUCCAGAAAGAGCUUCUCAAGCCCAAGUCCUCCUCGCAAAGAACUCAAGUGGGACUCUGAAGAUGUGACGUCUUUUGAUGAAUCGUUGAACUUCAGAAGCAGUCCGAGCGAGUUCUUCACCUCCCCUGUCUCAGAUGAGUUCCCUGACAAGUUCACCUUCAACAAAUUGCCCUCCUCCACUCCUGUAGUGCAGUUCCCUUCCAUGCUCGCUCUGAAGACUCUCGUCAAGUCUCCCCCGUGCUUAGACUUCCUACCUUGGGUACUCACAGCUGACAAAUGCGCCGGACGCCCCUUCAGGGAGUUUUUGCUGCGGAGGAACUACGCAGUAGAGGUUCAUCUCCUUGACCUGUGGCAUGACCUGGAGGACUUCUUGCGCAUGAUGUUGUGCUCCCUUGGGGAAGGGAACAUCCUUCUGCGCCACGUGAUGGGGGAAAGGAUUUGUGAGCUGUAUCUGACACAGAGCAACAAUUGGCAUCUGCCUCUGAAACUAACAACACUCCAGAGUUUGCAGAAUCUCCUGCCUUCUGGUCAUGUGAUUCCAUGGGUCCUGAAAGCACAGAAGGAAAUCUGUAAGAUACUCAGCUCCCUCUAUGAGGAGUUUCUUCAGAAUGAUGACAAGAUGUUCCUGUAUUAUGUGAGUGGAAAGGAGAAGAAACCAACUGCAGAAGAGCCGUAUGACAGAACUGAGAACCUGCGGCUGAUCAAAAGGAUCGCUGAAUCCUUGCAUCUGAGCCAGGCCUUAGCUGGGAUGAGAGACAUUGAUCUCCUGACGCGAGACCACUGGCAACUGUUGGGCAUUCAGGACUUGGCCACGGGAGGCUCUAUUUUCGUGGAAUUGGAACCUGCUGCAUCACAGAUAGAUUAUGGCAGCAUGCCAUUUGAAGAGCUGGCGCGGCUGAAUCCCAAGAUAGCUGUGGAGCUUCUUAGCAAGAACUUCAGGGACUUCUGCAAGAGAUGUCCAUCAGGCAAAGUGUUUGUUCAGCCAGUGGUUCCAAAAAGGAGUCUCCCAUGGGUCAAAUCAAGUUUCUCCUUCCUGAGAAAGGCUGUGAUGAGGAAACCCAUUGCAAAGCCCAGAAAUCUCUCUGAAGUGAUGCAAAACUCGCUCCAUUUUGAGUUCUUCAGGAACUUCCUCAGGCUGCACAAUGCAGAAGCUCCGCUCCAAUUCUGCCUGGCUGUAGACGAGAUUAAAAGAGAGCACGAUCCCAGAAUUCAGGAAAUGCAGAUCCACAAGUGUGUUCGAACGUACUUCUUCAGCGCCAUUCCACCUGAAAAACUGCUGCAGUGUGAUGAAUAUGUCAUCCAUGAGAUUCCAAAGUUACCAUCUGUCUCUGUUGCCAUUUUGGCCACUGCUCAAAUAUUAAUCCUGAGGAACUUGGAAGAGAAGUGGUUUAAUAUGUACCAAGGCCUGUAUCCUGAUAGUGAUGUUGCCCUUGGUCAAACUGGUUGGAAGUCAAAAAAGGAUUCUCAAUUUACAAGCAAGCAGAAAAGAUGCUGGGCUAUGCUUACUGCCUUCAUCAAGAGGGUCUGUACGUUUCGAAAGGCAAUGAGUUAUGUGGCCCAGCGCAAACGCUUUGAGAACUUUCUACUCAAGGAGGUGAAGAAUGACAAGGAAAAUAUACCGAGUCCCCCUCAAACAAAGCCCACAAUUCAGAGUGGAGUUAGCGGGCGUUCCGGCCCAUCUUCUGGACAAUCAGAAGACUCUGAAGUGCCACAGAUGAAGCGCAAGCUACCUGGUGGCCGCGUCAUCUCAGUCAAUUUCUUGGUGAAUGAUCUCUAUUUUUAUCUAGAAAUGGAGAGGUUUCUUCACCUAUCUGACACUGUGGUCAUGCUGGCUUCUCUUGGGUUCUAUACAGAGAGGGAUAUUGCCUUCUUGAAGAACAAAGUAACCACCAUCACCAAACUAUUUCUCAACUCAGAUAUCCCACCUAAACUUAGGGUCAAUCUCACAGAUGCACAGUGUUUUCAACUUCGGAAUUUAAUUGCUGAAGGUGUGCUGAACAGGACUCUUUAUCAUGGUGCUAUAAUUUCCAUCUUCCCACAUUUAUUAUACUUCUGGAAAAAAUACUGUUAUUGGAAAGUGAUGAAAUAUUUCAGAAAACGUAAAGCAGACAAAACCGAAGAGCCUCCUCUUCUUCCACCGCCGUCACCUGUGAAGGCAGCUAGGAGAAGCAGUGGGUUCAGUGGAGAAGAUCAUCCCAUCAUCAGAUUUACUUUGCUUAAGGGAAUACAGCUACUGCUGCCUCAGCUAAGGGAGGCAACAGACGAAUCACCUGGAGAAAAAUCAUCAACACUAAGUGUAACCCAUAGGAAAUCAUCAUCUGGUGCCUCUAUGCAAAAAAGGAUAUCAGUUUUUGAAGACGGGAGAAAAAGUUUUUCGACAGCUUAAUAUCUUCCCUUCUGGAGGCCUGUUGUCAUCACUUUCUCAAGGGGGGGAAUACAUUUCUGCUGCAACGUGUGGAAACUGAGGUCCUUGUCUAUCACCACAGCAAGUAAUAGGGCUUUGACAAGCCCGAAAAGAUCUUUGGGAGCUAAGUGAUAAAAGCAUAUUUUCCCUCCUGGGAUGUAUUUUUCUAAUCCUUUCUAUUACUUCUCAGAAAAGCAGAAGCAAUCAAGAAAAAAAAAAGAGGAUAAAAGCAAAAGAAAUAAUUGAGGAUAUGUCUUGUGCGUAUUUAGAGAGCCACUGUAGUAUAAUUAACAUGGCUUUGUCCACCCCCUUGGUAUAUUUUAAGAUUUAGUGGGCAGAUUUCUAUUUUAUUAUCAUGGCAAGUUAUCAUUUCAGGUUUCAAAUCAUUUCAAAUCAUUGUUUCGGUUCAGAAGAUGUUAACAGGGACUUGUAUGAGAUAAUACCAGUAGCAUUUCUGGAAUAAGCAGUUAUCUUAAUCAUGAAAUACUGGUCUCUUUUUAAACCUCUCCUGUCAGAUCUUUCUGUAUCAGCAAGCUUAAUGCAAAAAUCUAUCUUUCUUUAUUCAAUCAUCCCAUCUCACAGAAUCAGCAGCGACUGUUAUCACUCUGUUUUUUCCAGAAAAACAAUCUACUAUCUAAAGAUUUGGCAACAUUUGUAUUUGUAUUUGUAUUUUAUUAAAUUUAUAUGCCGCCCUUUUCCCUGGGGGGACUCAGGGCGGCUCACAACUCAACAUCUUCAGCAGUGGGACAGUGCUCCAUUAAAGAAUCUAAAUUUCCAUUUGUCAAGAGAUACUGGUGGGAAAAUUAGGGGACAGCAUCCGCAGCAAACCACUGUGAUGCCAAAAUAAUGGAUACAUGUAUUGAUGCUAUCUUAUACAAGCUCUCCUUAUCUGUUUGCAUCCUGAUGUCUGUCUCAAUCACACAACUCCCACACAACCUUGAUGCAGCCAUACACAUUUUGUCAUUUGUUUUGUUGAUGAUGAUUUCUUAACCCAUGAUUCCAGGAAAGGGAAAGGAGGGAGGAAUAACAUCCUGGUCUUAUUUAAAAAAAAAAAAUCCUUCAGCAUAUGAGACUUAGAAACUUCACUUUUACCUCCGUCCUAGAAUUAUGGGACUCAGUGAUUUCCUUCCAUGGAGCAUCUCCUUCACACAAUAACAUACGCAUAAAUAUUGGGUUCUUAGUGCUAUCCGAGCUUGGUGUUUUUCUGCAGACUCUUCCGUGCGUCAAUGAUGUUUGUAAAGAAAUUUCUGUAAGAAAUCAAGCACGCUUAGAGAACACUGACAACCCAAUCAUUCAAUCCUGAGUAACAAAGCUUCUUUUUUACCAUUGGAUGCCUAACUAUCUCUGGAUGAAUUAAUCCAUUGGAUCACUUUGAGAAGCCACAGAUACAUACAUUGGUACCAUUUCCAUACCGAAGGAGGCCCCACAUGCAUUCAAGAUAUUUGUUAUUAUUAUUACUACUACCCACUAAAAGUCAGAAUUACAACACAGGAUCACAGGGUCCUCCAAAGUCAUGGGUUGGCAAUAUAUAAAUCAUGUAACAAUGCUAUACCUGUUUCUUUAAAUCAUACUGUAAAAUG